CUUGAAGUCGAUCGAUAAGAUAAGAUGUGAACCUACGCAGUAGAGGUACCUCUCGGCUACCUUCGACUCACACUCGAGCAGCUCUUGGCCGAAACUGAAGCGUCACCGCAGCUCCGCGCUUACUCGCUCCAAUUACUACUAUCAAGCCGAAGCUUUCUCUUGGGUACAUCUGUAGUCACAAGAGAAUGUCUGGAAUGGUUGAGGACACAUCCGCAAUGGCUUCUCUCAACGCCGCGAAACAGCAGAUUCGCUCUGCUAUGAAGAACAAGCUCGGCGCACUCUCUCACGAGGCCGUCAAGUCACAGAGUUCUGUGGUCUUCAACACUCUGAGGAACUUCAAGCCCUACGUAGACGCCAAACGGGUCAGCGUGUUCCUGUCCAUGCCCACGGGCGAGAUCCAGACCGAUGGCAUCGUCAGGCACGCUCUAGAGUCCGGCAAGGAGGUUUUCAUCCCGUAUCUUCACAAGAACCCUCUGGCCUCGCCCAACCUCCCAGCCCGCGUCAUGGACAUGGUCCGCCUCAGAGAUCUUCACGACUAUGAGUCCCUCAAGCCAGACAGAUGGGGCAUUCCCAGCAUCGACCCGGCCACGGUCCAUGAGCGGCAGAGGGUGUUUGGAGGUCCCGACGCCCACCACUCCGACCAAACCCUGCUUGACUUGAUCCUCAUGCCCGGCGUGGCCUUCGACAUUGACCCGGAAGCUGGGGCCAUCAGACGGCUCGGACACGGCAAAGGCUUCUACGACUACUUCAUCAACCGGCACAACCAAAAGUCUGUCGAGCUGGGGAAGCAGGAAACCCCUGUAUUGCUUUAUGGCUUAGCGCUGUCUGAGCAGUUUCUAUCCUCUCCAUCCGAGGGGUCGGUACCUGUUGGUCGCCACGAUCAACCUCUGGACGGCCUGAUACUCGGAAAUGGCGAGAUUAAGAGCCCUCCUGCACCCAAAUAGUUCCAUGACCUGAUAUCCAUCCCGUACUGCCUUCCUUUGAUCAAAUACAUAUAGUCGACAUUCCUGUGCGCCUCGGCCAAUCGCUU